AUGCGAGGCGAGAUCGAGUGCAAGGCACCAGGCCUUACCUCCUCUUCGUCGACGGGCAUUAGAUCGGCUGAGAACGUGGCCGGCCCACGAGUUCCUGCACGUCAAGCGAGACUGGAACCAGAGCGCCGGCAGGUUAGCCAACACCGCAUUACACCAGCAAGAAGGCACAGCGGUUACCUCAAAGGUGGACUGCGACGAUUUGGUUGUCCUGAACCGGCUCCAGGAGAUCCUACCCCGAAGGAUGACGGGUCUGUCGUCCGGAUGGCCGCGACGACUCGAUCGCGAGCACGCUCGACGAACUCAGCGGAGGUGCUGCAACUAGAUGUGGUGCAACGCAUUAGGACGGAUCGGAUUCUGCGAGCACAGAACGAGGAGAAAUGGAUCGUGAACCUCAAGGCGUACCUGUCAGGCGACUUGGAGAACCUGGAUGCUGGCGAAGCGCGAGCUUGCAGCAAACUCGCGGACGAAUACGACGUAGACGACGGUGGGCUGCUCCUCUACUGCCCACGCGCAGGAAGAGAUGACGGUGACCGAGAUCGCUUAGCGAAGCUGGUGAGGUUCAAAACGAAUGAGCAGCGGUCUAAGGGGGCGAGCGGAGUUGAGGAAUCUCUCCAUACUGUCAACAUCCAGAGCCACUAUUCUGACGUCGACGGACUUGUUCGGUAUUUCAUCGAGCUUGAGCAGCUUCACCAAAACGAGAAGAUAGCAAAAAAACUUUCUAAGCAAAAGAAAGAGGCCGAUCUAGCACAAUGCGCGAAAGACAUUGUGGCCGAGAGCAACCGCCGACGCGCCGAUCGUGAAGCCGAGUUGUCCGACAGUGACGUGAGCGACGGAGGAAGCUACGUGUCUGCAACAGAUAGCUCAACAUCGCGUGGAGCGAGAGCUCCAAAGAGGACGAAUGCAUUUUUGGCCAAGGAGAAGCGCCAGGAAAAGCGAUACAAGGAGCAAAUGGAUAUGAAAGUGCGAGAACUGGAACAGAAGCAGAAGCAAUUUGAUGAUCGCCUUGCGUUCGAGAGGGAGCAGGCCCAAGCUAAGCUUCAGUUUGACAUGGAAGUUCAGGCAAACAACCGAAACAUGAUCCUCGAGUGUGCAAAAAUUUUCAGUGCAGCGUUGGUCAACAAAGAUUAG